GCUGGUGAUCGCAGGCAGCGGCAGCGGCAAGCCCCUGCAAGACGGAUGAAUAAGAAAACCUGCUGUAACCACCGCCACCCUCUGUUUUCUUGUCUCUAUUGAAGAGCUGUAAACACUGCUGCCCUCACACUGACAGGGUGAAGCGGAUAAAAGGCCUCCAGCGUUCAGAGUCACCAUGGGGAUCAAGGCUGCGCUCCCCAGAUAUGAGCUGUAUCUCUACACAGCCGUGCUCGCCAUGGCGUUGAUAUGGGCAGGCAGUUGGAUAUUUGAAGCGUCAAGCGAGAACAUCAACAGGAGGGCCUUCAAAGAAAGUGUGAAACCAGGAUGGCAUUACUUUGGCAGGAAAAUGGAUGUUGCGGACUUCGAAUGGAUGAUGUGGUUCACGACAUUCCGCAAUCAUAUCCUUUUUGCUCUCACCGGUCACGUUAUCUUUGCCAAGAUAUUCACACUACUAGCGCCAAAGCACAGAUCCUUGAUCUUUGGUGUGUACGGCGGUUUGGCAGUCCUCAUCACGAUGGGCUGGACCUUCACGGCUCUGGUUCUGUCCCACUGCAUCAUCCUCUACAGCGUCGCCCUGGUCAAGAUGAAGUGGCUGUGCUUCGUGGCCGGUCUCACCACGCUGGCCUCCAUCAAGCUGGAGCCGUAUAACUCCUGGCAGGAGUCCUUAGUGACCGGCUCUUUUGACCUGCAAGACAUCCUGUUCUACGGAGGCUGCGGCUUCAGCAUCAUUCGCUGCAUGAGCUUCGCUUUAGAGAACUGUGAGAAGAAGGACGGCAACUUCACAUUCUCCGACCUGCUGAAAUACAACUUCUACCUCCCCUUCUUCUUCUUUGGACCUAUCAUGACUUUCGACAGGUUCCACGUUCAGGUGAACAACACGCAGCUGACCCGCAAGGACAGGGAGAUGUGGAAUAUCACCACUAAAGCCGUGUUGCAUCUGGGAGUCAUUCUGAUGGUGGACGUCUUCUUCCACUACCUCUACAUCUUGACAAUCCCCAGUGACAUGAAGCUGGUCACCAAGCUCUCUGACUGGUGUCUCGCCGGUCUGGCUUAUUCCAACCUGGUGUACGACUGGGUGAAAGCAGCCAUGAUGUUUGGUGUCAUCAACACCGUGUCCACACUGGACCACCUGGACCCUCCUCAGCCUCCCAAAUGUAUCACCAUGCUCUACGUCUUCGCCGAGACGCACUUUGACAGAGGCAUCAACGACUGGCUGUGCAAGUAUGUUUACGACUACAUCGGUGGGGAUCACGAUAAAAUCUUCAAGGAGCUCCUUGCAACCUUCUGCACCUUCGCCAUCACCACCCUGUGGCUCGGCCCGUGUGAGCUGGUUUACAUCUGGUCCUUCUUCAACUGCUUCGGCCUCAACUUUGAGCUGUGGGUGGCCAAGUUCUUCUCCAUCCCACCGUUUUCUACCAUAGAGGGUGCGAUGGGUGAAGCCAUGUCUCGCAGGAUUCGGGGUGUGUUCAACGCUGCCAACUUCUGGGCCAUUGUCCUCUACAACGUCCUCUCCCUGAACAGUUUGGAGUUUGCCAAACUGGUGGGAAGACGACUGAUUUUCAAAGGUUUCCCUCUGUCCACCCUCUUAGUGUUGCUUGUGACCUACUGCGGCGUGCAGCUGGUGAAGGAAAGGGAGAGACAACAAGCCCUGCUGGACGACCCCGAGCCGGUGAAGCCGGUGGACGAUGGCAAAGAAAAAAGCAGAAUAAAGAGACAGAGAAAGGAAACGGACUGUCUCAGACUUCACGGUCAACAGCCCCCUCGCACCGUUCCAUCCUCGGCCUCGCCAACUGUCACCAACCAGACUGCAACGGCACCUGUAACGUUCACAAGCCUGUUUUCUCCUUUUUUUUUUCUUUGUCAGAAGCGAGGUUUUGAACUGUGA